GAUUGAAGAAAAUCUGUCAAUGUCACUACAUGUUUCAAAUCCACGUUAUUUUCAGUGGUUGUUAAACUUUAAAUCAAAAAGAAAGAAUUAAAAUUAUCGUUUUACACGAUAUAAACGUACAAUUUCUAACGAGUUUCUGAAGCAAAUAUAUAAAAAUGGCUAAAAAGGGCAAAGUUAAGAUUAGUAAAGUGAAAAGAAAUAACCAGACUACAAAUAAGAUGAGAAAGCAGGGUAAGUUGCGUUUGCAGAGACAUAGAAACAAAGCACAGAAGCAAAGGCAGCCGACACAGACGCAGGAGCCAAUUUACAGUAGCGACAGUGAUGCAGCGUCCGGGGACGAGUGGGCUGAUAUGCUAGAUGAGGAAGAACAGAAGUACAUAUUAGGCCGGAUAGCUAAGCAACCCAAUCUUCUGUCCAAUAUACCUGAAGAAAAUAAAAAGGAACAGAAAAAACCUAAAAAGCGUAAGAUAACUCCAGAGCAUACAAAAAAUGCUUUAAGUAGUGACAGUGGUGCGGAGACAGAGACAGAUAACAGCGAUGUUGAAGAGAAGUAUGAGGCGGAAAUGGCUGAGAGACCUGCCAAGAAACUGCGACCACUCCUGCCUAUUAAGACUAAAGAUGGAAUCUUGGAGAGAUCUGAGGAAUGUGAAGACACAGAUUCAGAUGAAGAACAGCCUGAUGAAGUGCCAGAGCCUUCAGAGAACAAAGAGGAGUCUCAGGAUUCAGAUUCGGGUAUGGAGGUUGCUGGAGAAGAAUUGGAAGGCACUGAUGAAGUGGUGACAGCUGUGCAGUUAUUAGCUGCAAGGAGAGACAAGCUGAAGCAUGAGAAGCUAAGGAUUGGAGCACUCUGCUCUUCCUUGCUUGAGAAUCCGGAGAGAAAGCUGAAGAAUUUGUACCCCAUCCUAUAUUUAAUGGAUGAACACUUGAAGGAUGGUACACCUAACUUGGUCUCUGUAAGGAAGCUGGCCUCGGUGUCAGCCGCGGAGGUGUUCCGGGACAUUCUGCCAGACUAUGCUAUACGCCAUCAGGAUUACUCUGAUGUUAAAUUGAAAAAAGACACCCUCGCUCUAUACAAAUAUGAAAAAGAAUUAUUGGAGUUCUACAAGAGAUAUCUUCAGCGGCUGGAGAAAGCUGCCUCCGUUAUGAGACGAAAGAAAGGAGAUAAUAGACAACUAGAAGAGAGCGAGACGAGCUUGGCGCUGGUGAGCCUGCGCUGCCUGUGCGCGCUGCUGCAGGCGCGGCCGCAGUUCAACUACGCGGGCAACAUCGCGCAGACCGUGCUGCCCUACCUCGCCAGCAGGCGGGCGGACGCUCGCGAUACUGUCACACAGUGUUGCCAGCAAGUGUUUACUGAUGAUAACAAAGGGGAAAUUACAUUAAAGAUUGUGAAGUUAAUCAACCACUUGGUUAAAAAGCGUGGCACCCGGCUGCACCCGGGCGCUCUGGAGUGCCUGCUGGCGCUGCGCAUCCGGGACGUGGACCUCGACGCUGAAGCUGACCUCAAGCAUAAGAAGAAACAAGAAGAGAAGCAUAAGAAGAGGAUCGUUAAUCUGUCUAAGAAGGAGAAGAAGCGAGCGAAGAAGUUAAAAGAAGUGGAGCGGGAACUUCUAGAAACGGAAGCGCGGGAGGAUUCCGAAGCGCGCAAGAAACAGCUGACAGAAGUGACGAAGACCGUCUUCAACAUCUACUUCCGCAUCCUGAAGACUGCUCCCAACUCGCAGCUGCUGGAGGCCGUGCUCACUGGACUCGCCAAAUUCUCGCACGUGAUCAACGUGGAGUAUUACUCGGAGCUGGUGUCGCUGCUGUCCCGGCUGUGCGGCGACGGCGAGGCCAGCGCUGGCUUGCUGGGGCGGCGCGCGCGGCUGCAGUGCGCCCGCGCGGCGCUGGCCGUGCUGGCGGCGGCGGGGGACGCGCUCAACUUCGACCCUGCACAUUUCCACGCACAACUCUAUGCUAAUGCUAUUAAUGUGCACGCCGGUGGAACAUGUUCUGAAGCCCGUAUCGUGCUGGAGGCGGCGUGCGAGGUGUGUGCGCGCGCGCGCCGCGUCUCCCCGCUGGUGCUGCGCGCGCUCGCCAAGCGCCUCGCCACGCUCGCGCUGCAGGCCGCGCCGCACGCCGCGCUCGCCGCGCUGCACAUAGUCUGCAACCUCAUGCAGAGCAGCAGCAGCCUGCAGUCGCUGCUGGAGCCGGAGGACGCGAGCGGCGCGGGGCGCUACGACGCGCAGUGCGGGGCGCCGGCGCAGUGCGGCGCGCAGGCCGCCGUGCUGCACGAGCUGGCCGCGCUGCGCCGCCACUACCAGCCCGCGCUGCGCCAAGCUGCCGGCACUCUGCUGGCGCGCGCCGCGCCGCUGCACAAAAGUCCUAUGCACAUAUACGACGAGUACGAUGGCUCUCAGAUGUCGUUCAAGCCAGCGAUCACUCCGCCAGCGCGCGUGCGCCAGCGCCCCGCGCAGACUGCACACUCUGCCUGGGCGCAGCGGGACUUCAAACUGCACUGCGAGGCUGUGGAAGAUACUGUGCAAUUAAAUAUAUUAUUUGCAUAAUAUACUUUGAUGAUACAAA